AUGGCGAAAUACUAGAGAGUAGACAAAGGAUUGCCUUAAUUUAAUAGUAAUUUACAAUUAAAGCGGCAGUGAUUGCCAUUGUCAGUAGCGUGAAUUAAUUAAGUUUUGUGUUUACAAGAAAAUGCUAACACUUGAAGUUGUACCAGAACGUUCGUUAGGCUGUGAACAAUGGGAGUUUAUUUUAGGAAUGCAUUUUUCCCAAGCCGUUGCAAUUAUUCAGGGACAAAUUGGCAUUAUUAAGGGAGUUCAAGUGUUAUACAAUGAUACUAAGCCUUUAGAAAUUGAUAUGGUCAUAAAUUUACCGCAAGAUGGUAUUAGGCUGUUUUUUGAUCCCGUUACUCAGAGAUUGAAAAUUAUUCUAAUUUUCAAUAUGAAACUAAUUAAGCUGAAGUAUUGUGGGUUGACCUUCAAUUCACCAGAACUAUUACCUUCUAUAGAACAAAUUGAACACUCUUUUGGUGCAACCCAUCCGGGAGAGUAUGACUCUGAAAAACAAGUAUUUACAUUAAAUUUCCGUGGCUUGUCAUUCUAUUUUCCAGUAGAAUCCAAGUAUCAGAAAGGAAGCACACAUAAUUUAGCUUCUCUUCAGUUUCCUCCAGGAAGCAGCCCGGUAGUCUCGAGAAUGGCGAUUUACUCUGGUUCAAGUGUAGAUCAAGCGACAUCACCGGAAUUACCUCUAUCUUGUUACCAUGGUCAAUUGUACCUACAAAAAGCCGAAGUAUUAAGGGGAGAUGGAUAUACGAAAGGCUUGUGCUUAAAAAUUAUGGCGGGUACUAACAAUCGGCUCAUAGAUUCAACAAAAUUACAGUUUGAGCGAAAAGUAUUACUUGGUCAGUCUGUGCAAGAUGUAGUGUCUGCACUAGGAGCGCCUUCCAAGGUGUUUUACAAAAGUGAAGACAAAAUGCGUAUACACGCUCCGAAUGCGCAUCGUAGAGUGACCACUAAUAGAAGUGACUAUUUUUUCAAUUACUUCACAUUGGGCUUUGAUGUUUUGUUUGAUGCUCGAUCCCACUUAGCAAAAAAAUUUGUCUUGCAUACAAAUUACCCAGGACACUACAACUUCAACAUGUACAUGCGGUGUGAGUUUGAGUUACCAUUAGAUAGCGCCACCGUGACUGCCUAUUCAGAUUGGAGUGACGUGUGUAAGAAGUUAACACCAAGUGAAAGGCCGGUGGUGUUAAAUAGGGCCAGUUCAACAAAUACAACCAAUCCUUUUGGGAGUACUUUGUGUUAUGGUUAUCAGGAUAUAAUUUUUGAGGUAAUGCCAAACCAUUAUAUAGCUUCUUUAAGUAUGUAUGGUGAUGGAAGGCCUAUAAAAAACCAGCAGUUGCGGCAGGCGUGACAUAUGCUGUCUUCUACUUAUUUAAUAUUGGUGAAUAGGUACUGGCAGCCGGUAGAGCUGGCAUACUGAAAAUAAAUAACUCCCUUGUCCCUGUUCUCUUAAUAAAGGUCAUUUUUUAAAAAUUGGGAAAAAGAAAAGGAUAAUAAAAAUCAUAAAAUGAUAUAAAAGUCAAAAAAAUACGCUUAAUAUCCUAGGUUUACAUUAUUUAUACAUGUUGUAUUGUUUGCAUGAUUGGUUUGAUUGGUUGGUUCACAUCCUUAUUUUGGAGUCUUUGAAUAAUUAUCAGCUAUUAUCAAAAUGUUUAAUUUUGAAAAUGGCUACCAAGUCUUGUAAGUUUUUCUGUAUUGUGUGUUUGCAAAUGUGAUUCGGUUUUUCUCUGAAAUAUUUGUAUAUUUAUUUAUAUCUUUGUUGCAAGUCAGUUUGAUUAGUAAGCAAAUUCUAUUUAACAAACUUUAAUUAAAAAUUAAUACAUUUCAGCUUGUGAAUAGUUUUUCAAGAUUUGUGGCGAUAUCUUGGAAAAUAGAUUUUCUACAUGUAUUAAGCAUUUGCUUGUUAGGCAUAGUCUUUCAAAUAACUUGGCAGGAUCUUGUUGUGGUGUUCUGCCUACAGUUUUUUUGUGCCAAGUUCAUUGAAAUGUCUACCUAUCUGAUUCCUCUUAAUUUUCACCAUGUCCUUUUAGUUUUAAAUGGAAAUAUUUACAGGCUAGAGGGACGUCAGCGUUUUAAAAGUAUUGUAUUCGCUUUAUCUGUGUGUAAUGAAAAACUAGCGAUAUACAGGUUUGCAAUUUUCUUUCUCUUACAAACAAGUGAGAACCUAUGGAAACGAUACCAGACGUCCAUUUUCUGUUCUUGUUAUUUCUCCAAAUUUGUAGUUUUUUGCCACUUUUUGCAUUUCUGUACUUUUCUGGAAAGAAAUUUGUUUUUUAUUAUUAUUUGGAGUGUGUUUUAUUAAGAUUUAAUUUAACUUUAUGAUUAAUGCUUUUAAAGCACCUUAAACCCAAUUUAAGUCGCGUUUAAUAGGCUCUGACUUCUUUGAGCAACACUUUUAAGAAAAAGGCAAUAGAAGAAGGGAGUUCAAAUUUUUGAAAAACUGGCAGGGUCUAUAUGAAUUUUUAAUAUACAGGGUGGACGAAUACUCUAGGCAUAAUAGAAUUGAUAUUUACUUACUUGCAUUUGGUAAAGUUUGUCAUUCCAUAAUUAAUAUUACUGAGCUUCAGAUUUGGUAAAAAAAAAGGUUUUUUAAUGAUAAGCAGUAAUAAACUUCAUGUUACACAUACCUCAGUAUUGGUGUACCCUGUUAAUGAUUUGGUACGAGUGCGGAGGGCUAAAAGGAAAGGAGACAAACCGCAGAAUUGUCAACAUAGAUCUCGCAAUUGAGGCUGCGUCAUCGAAGCGACAAAUUCAGCGUAUAGUUUGUUAUGAACGUAAAUCUAAAAACUCUUAAAAAUAAAUUAUUCUAGUAAUAUAGAGACAAUUAAUGAAAUUGUAAAAUACCAAGCAGAAAUCGCCUCUGAAACAAUUGACGCCCCACCUACAUCAAAACCUGUAAUUAACACUGCAAUAUUGAUUGAUGUAUGCCUUCUUAUAGCCCUCAUUAUGGAUAGGUAAGAGCUACAGUAUAAAUUAAGGGUUUGAUUAACAUCCUUUCAAAGUUAAGCAAAGUAUGUCAAUAUUUAUUUAUUUUAUUAUUUUUAAUAGAAUUAAUUGUUGUAUUUUGAAGUAUCUAUCGGUAAAAUUUUAAGUUAAAAAAAAUUAGGCUAUUAAAAAAAAGUCACUUUAUUUGGAAAUAUGUAAUUUAUUUGAACUCAUGACAUUGUAAAUGUCCAAAUGUUUCAGUUAUUUGAAUUAAGACAAUUUCAUGGUGUAUUCUAAAUCAUUUGUAUUUAACUUUUAUAAGAUAAGAAAAAACUAUAGGCAUCCGUUAAAAUGUGCCAUCUAGGUUAAUUUGUGUUCGCGAUCCUAGAGUACACUUUUCUUUAAAAAAUAAAAGACUUAAAAAAACUUGUUUUCAUUAAACGAGGUAUCACUAGUAUUCAUAAAAAACCAUCUCGAAAAUGUUUAUUUUUGUAAAUUAAGCCCCAUGUUUGGUGAUAUUUUUGUUAGAUCUCACAUAUUCACUUAAGUUGUACAUAAUUAUAUCACAUCAUGUUUUAUUAAAAAUAAAA